AUGCACAUCGAGGCGCUCGACUACAACAAGCUCCUCGACGGGCUGGUUGCAGAGGUCCAGGAUAUCGGCACUGUUGUGACCGAGAGCGUGCUCUAUGCGGCACUGCAGGCGAUCGUCACCUUCAUCUUCCUCAUCUAUAUGCUGUGGAGCCCCAUCAAGAUGGAGAGCAGCACGCUUUCCAAAGAUGCCUUCGAGUCCACCGCGCGCUACAUGAAGGUGAAGUGCCUCAUCUCCGCCCUCACCGGCUUCUCCGUGGCCAUCACCCUCUGGGCCAGUGGGCUCGAUCUGCCCGCCGCGUUCGGCCUCCUGGCCUUCCUGGCCAACUUCCUGCCCGGCAUCGGCUCCCCCGUUGCCGCGGCGCUGCCGUGCAUCCUGGCCAUCAUUGACGUGCGGAAGACUCCGACGCAGGUCUGCCUGGCCUUCGCGUGCCAGGCGUGCGUGCACUUCUGUGUGGACUUCCUCGUGGAGCCGGUCUUCUUCGGCAUCUCCGUGGAGAUCCAUUCGGUGAUCGUGAUCCUGGGCAUCUGGUUUUUCUAUCAGGUCUGGGGCGUGCCGGGCAUGCUGCUGUCCGUGCCGCUGCUGGCGGUGGCCAGGAUCAUGAUGAAGUCCCUGAAGCACGCCGCGACCGCAUCUGGCAGCUUCGGGGGUCCCGCGGAGGAGAGAGACACCAUUGUCCUGCUGGACAGCAUCCUGGAAGGGCGCUGGAUGAGCACCGUGGGCUCGCCCAGUGGCGCACAGGAGCAGGAGCUCGAGCUGCCGGAGCUCGCCGCGCCCCUCCCCGGGGAGCUUGCGCGGCCGGACCGCGGGGGGCGCGGCCGGGCCCCCAGCGGCGAGGGGCCCGAGGCCGACUGGUGGGCCCCCGCGCUCGAGAGCAGGGCCCUGCAGGACACCGUGCGCCUCUACCGGGACAACCGGCUGGUGGCCGACUGCGCCCUGCUCGUCGUGCUGGUCUGCCUGAUCAUCUUCGCCCCCCUCUGA